CUUGUCAUUUCGCUGUAACCGUGGGCUUGGUUUGUGGUGCUUGCCCAGCCCUCCUGUCGGUGUGGCUCCUAGGGUAUCGAGUGCUCUCUGGGAGUUUUGAUUAAAGCCCAAAUACCUUCAGUCAGAAGGCUGGGCACUGGAAAAGAAGACCGUACAGGGGCCUGGAGUGGCUGAGAGAAGAGGCUAAACUCUUACUUAUGGCUGUUUAGUGUAAUUAUCCAUCACAUUUGGGAUUGUGGAAGGGAAGUCAUUUCAAAUCAGUUGAAGUCGCCCAAGUUUUGUUCACUUUUGUGGGCGCCGAUCAUGGAGAUGCAAAGGUGGUCCACAAGGUGGAAAACGAAAAGGUGGAUUAUGGAUUCCACUGUAACCGCAUUCAUCACUUUAACCCUGGUUCUGCAGGCUACACAUGUCAGAGCAGCUGAACCGGUGGACGUGCUAAAAGUAUUAGAUUUUCACAAUUCCCCCGAAGGAGUUCGGAAAACAUCAGGAUUUUGCACAAACCGAAGAGCGUCUAAGCCGGACACAGCCUACAGAGUUGGAAAACUGGCCCAAAUCAGUGCUCCCACCAAGCAGUUAUUCCCAGGGGGUGUGUUCCCUGAAGACUUCUCCAUCCUGACCACCCUCAGGCCCAAGGCCGGCAUCCAGUCCUUCCUGCUGUCUGUUUACAGUGAGCAGGGCGUGCAGCAGCUGGGGGUGGAGGUGGGACGCUCACCUGUCUUCCUGUAUGAGGACCAGAGUGGCAAGCCCGCCCCUGAGGACUACCCUCUGUUCCGCUCUCUCAACCUGGCCGACGGAAAGUGGCAUCGUGUGGCCAUCAGUGUGGAGAAGAAGACAGUCACCAUCAUUGUGGACUGUAAACAGAAGAUCACCAAACCCCUCCUCAGGAGUGACCGUGCCUCUAUUAACACCAACGGGAUCACUGUGUUCGGAACCAGGAUCCUUGACGAGGAAGUCUUUCAGGGUGACAUCCAGCAGCUUCUGAUUGUGGCCGAUCCCAAAGCAGCUUAUGACUACUGUGAACACUACAGCCCCGACUGUGAAACUCCCCACGGGCACUCCCUGCAGGCCCAGCAGCCCGAGGACGAGUACACUACUGCCGAUGACUUAGAUUACACUCAGUUCUAUGAUUACUCUGAAGUAGAAGGAGAGACAGAGAAUGUUCCAACAGACGAGUAUGAGGCGGGUAGUGACCCUCAGCUAAACAAUGUAGACGGAGAAUACACUGAGUAUACUGACAGUGAGCUUGACUACGGAACUGUAGAGGGUACUCAAACUCAGUCUCCCAUUGCCACCAGUGGACCAAACGAGGCUGUCGAGGAGGAGAUUGUUGCUGGUGACUAUGUUGUCACUGGAGCCACCCCACUGAGUCAGGAGCCCACCGGUGCCCCCGAGGCUGGCCUGGACAGUGUGGACCCUGGAGUGGACGAGUAUGACUUUAAGGAGUAUGACCUAGGGGGCGUGUUGGACAAUAAGCAGUAUGAGUAUGGGGUGUAUGAUGAGUAUGGAAAUGUGGCCGCUGAGCUACCCAACCACAUGGAUACUGUUGAAGAAGAGGUGGGGCUGGGGGUUCCCGCGGAAACGGAGGAAUUCACCCAGACUGCAGUGGCUGGUGGUGGGGAGAAAGGAGAGAAGGGCGAACCCGCUGUGAUCGAACCUGGCAUGCUGAUUGAAGGACCUCCUGGACCUGCAGGCCCAGCUGGUCUACCAGGCCCCUCAGGUCUGCAUGGACCCCCUGGUGUUGCUGGAGAUCCUGGUGACAGGGGUCCCGCAGGGCGGGCUGGUCUGGCAGGAGCCGACGGUUUACCAGGUCCUCCUGGUACCAUGCUGAUGCUGCCAUUCCGUUUUGGAGGGGACGGAGAGAAGGGACCCGUGGUGUCUGCUCAGGAGGCCCAAGCCCAGGCCAUCCUCUCCCAGGCUAGACUCGCCAUGAGAGGUCCCUCAGGUCCAAUGGGUCUCACAGGAAGAUCCGGUCCAGUGGGUGUUCCUGGUUCUGCUGGACUUAAAGGUGAUAGUGGAGAUCCUGGUCCUCAGGGCCCCAGGGGAGUCCAAGGGUCUGCAGGACAAAUAGGCAAAUCUGGCAAGAGGGGUCGUGGCGGAGCCGAUGGGGCCCGAGGAAUGCCUGGAGAGUCAGGCUCUAAGGGUGACAGAGGCUUUGAUGGCCUUCCCGGUCUGCCUGGUGAGAAGGGACACAGGGGGGAGACAGGACCACUGGGACCACCUGGAGCCCCUGGAGAAGAUGGACAGAGAGGCGAGGAUGGAGAGAUCGGGCCAAGGGGAUUGGCUGGAGAGAGUGGUCCUAGAGGUCUGCUUGGGCCCCGCGGUCCACCCGGUCCCACUGGACAGCCUGGUGUAGCUGGAGUGGACGGGCCACACGGUCCCAAAGGAAACAUGGGACCUCAAGGAGAGCCAGGACCUCCGGGUCAGCAGGGGAUCCCAGGGACACAAGGUCUUCCUGGUCCUCAAGGUCCCAUCGGACCGCCUGGUGAAAAAGGACCUCAGGGCAGGUCGGGGUUGGCUGGUUUACCCGGGUCAGAUGGACCUCCUGGUCAUCCUGGUAAAGAGGGCCCACCUGGUGAGAAGGGAGCUUUAGGCCAGUCAGGUCCCCAGGGUCCUAUUGGUUAUCCUGGUCCUCGUGGUGUCAAGGGUGCCGAUGGUGUUCGUGGACUGAAGGGUGGAAAGGGAGAGAAGGGUGAGGACGGUUUCCCUGGGUUCAAGGGAGAUAUGGGUCUCAAAGGUGACAGGGGUGAGCUCGGUGUGUGCUUGGUACACCCCAUAGACCACAGUGAUGGUACAAUACCUUACCUGGUGUCUGUUGGGUUUGACAGGGGACCUGAGGGCCCCGGACCUAGGGGCCGAGCAGGGCCCAACGGAGAGUCUGGCCCCAUGGGUGCUGCUGGAGAGAAGGGAAAACUGGGUGUUCCAGGAUUACCCGGCUACCCAGGAAGACAAGGUCCAAAGGGUUCCAGCGGCUUCCCGGGCUUCCCAGGGGCCAACGGAGAGAAAGGAGCCAGGGGCGUGGCGGGCAAACCCGGUCCAAGGGGGCAAAGAGGUCCAACGGGUCCACGAGGGGGUCGGGGUGCUAGAGGUCCUACAGGCAAGCCAGGCCCUAAGGGCACGGCAGGCAAUGAUGGUCCACCUGGCCCGCCUGGCGAAAGAGGACCUCAAGGACCCCAGGGCCCCGUCGGGUUCUCAGGACCAAAGGGCCCCCCUGGACCACCUGGAAAGGAUGGGCUGCCCGGCCACCCUGGUCAGCGAGGAGAGACGGGAUUCCAAGGAAAGACAGGUCCACCCGGCCCAGGGGGUGUCGUUGGUCCUCAGGGUCCCACAGGAGAGACCGGUCCCAUCGGUGAGAGAGGCCACCCUGGACCCCCAGGUCCACCCGGAGAGCAGGGUCUUCCCGGCUCUGCUGGCAAAGAGGGAGCCAAGGGAGACCCCGGUCCCCAAGGAGCCUCGGGUAAAGACGGUCCCGCUGGUCUACGAGGAUUCCCAGGAGAGAGAGGUCUUCCCGGCGCGUCGGGUCCAGCUGGUUUGAAGGGAGGAGAAGGACCUCAGGGUCCCUCUGGCCCCGUGGGCUCCCCUGGUGAGAGAGGUGCUGCUGGACCUGCCGGCCCUAUCGGUUUAUCUGGUAGAACUGGCCCUCAGGGGCCCCCAGGACCUGCUGGAGAGAAGGGAGGGCCUGGUGAGAAAGGUCCCCAAGGACCAGCUGGUCGGGACGGAGUCCAAGGUCCAGUGGGUCUGCCUGGUCCCGCCGGACCUCAGGGUCCACCCGGAGAGGACGGUGAUAAGGGAGAGGUUGGAGAGCCCGGUCAGAAGGGAAGCAAAGCAGACAAGGGUGAACAGGGUCCUCCUGGCCCAGCUGGUCUCCAGGGUCCCAUCGGUAACCCAGGACCUGCAGGAGGUGAUGGAGAGCCCGGUCCCAGGGGUCAGCAGGGGAUGUUCGGACAGAAGGGAGACGAAGGAUCCAGAGGUUUCCCCGGGCCCCCUGGUCCCAUUGGUCUGCAGGGUCUUCCUGGACCUCCAGGAGAGAAGGGUGAGAAUGGCGAUGUCGGUCCGAUGGGUCCCCCCGGUCCACCUGGUCCCAGAGGUCCUCAGGGUCCUAGUGGAGCUGAUGGUGCACAAGGUCCUCCUGGUGGUGUGGGUGCCAUGGGAGGCGUGGGUGAGAAGGGUGAAAACGGUGAAGCUGGCAACCCAGGAACCCCUGGAGAGCCCGGAACUGGAGGGCCUAAAGGCGAGAGAGGAGACAAGGGAGAGGCAGGACCACCCGGAGCUGCCGGACCCGCUGGCGCCAAAGGACCCCCUGGAGAUGAUGGACCCAAAGGCAACCCUGGGCCGGUUGGUUUCCCUGGAGACCCUGGUCCACCCGGUGAGGCCGGUGUUGCUGGAACGGAUGGCUCUGCGGGAGAGAAAGGAGAGGAUGGUGAAUCUGGUCAGCCUGGUCCUCCUGGUCCAUCUGGUGAAUCUGGUCCACCUGGUCCUCCCGGCAAGAGAGGCCCCCCAGGAACUGCCGGUGCAGAGGGUAGACAAGGAGAGAAGGGCGCCAAGGGUGAGUCUGGAGCCGAGGGACCCCCAGGUAAAACUGGCCCAGUCGGCCCACAGGGGCCCUCAGGAAAGCCCGGUCCAGAAGGUCUGCGUGGAAUCCCUGGCCCUGUUGGUGAACAAGGACUUCCUGGUUCCUCUGGACAAGACGGCCCACCUGGACCUAUGGGACCCCCUGGUCUCCCAGGUCUGAAGGGUGACCCCGGGACCAAGGGUGAAAAGGGUCAUUCAGGUCUGAUUGGUCUGAUUGGACCCCCUGGCGAGCAGGGAGAGAAGGGAGACCGAGGCUUGCCCGGACCCCAGGGCUCUCCUGGAGGCAAGGGUGAUGGUGGUGUUAGUGGCUCUUCAGGUCCUCUCGGUCCUCCUGGUCCUCCAGGCCUGCCUGGUCCUGGAGGUCCUAAGGGAUCUAAGGGUUCAUCGGGUCCUGCUGGUCAGAAGGGAGACACCGGUACGAUCGGUCCACCUGGUCCUCCUGGUCCCCCUGGCGAGGUGAUCCAGCCACUGCCCAUCCAGUCUCCCAAGAAGAACCGCAGACAUGCAGACAUGCAGGCGGACGCGGCGGGCACCAUGAUGGACUACGGAGACGGCAUGGAGGACAUCUUUGGUUCGCUCAACAACCUCAAACAGGACAUUGAGAGGAUGAAGUACCCAAUGGGCACACAGAACAACCCAGCCAGGACCUGCAAAGACCUGCAGCUCGCCCACCCAGAGUUCCCUGAUGGCGAGUACUGGAUAGAUCCUAACCAGGGAUGUUCAGGGGACUCCUUCUCUGUCUACUGUAACUUCACGGCUGGAGGAGAGACCUGCAUCUACCCAGACAGGAAGUCCAGCGGAGUCAGAAUAUCUUCAUGGCCCAAAGAAAUACCAGGGUCGUGGUUCAGUGAAUUUAAGCGGGGUAAACUAUUGUCAUACGUUGACGCAGCCGGCAACACAAUAAACGAGGUUCAGAUGACCUUCCUGAAACUACUGACUGCCUCUGCCAGGCAGAACUUCACCUAUAACUGCCACCAGUCUGUGGUGUGGCACGACGAGACCACCGACAGCUAUGACAAGGCGCUGCGAUUCCUAGGAUCCAACGACGAGGAGAUAUCCUAUGACAACAACCCCUACAUCAGGGCCCUCGCAGACGGAUGCGCGACGAGGAAGGGCUACGGAAAGACUGUGAUAGAGAUUAAUACUCCCAAAAUCGAUCAGGUUCCCAUCAUAGAUGUCAUGUUGUAUGACUUUGGAGAUGCCAGCCAGAAGUUUGGAUUUGAAGUGGGUCCAGUCUGCUUCCUUGGCUAACUAAAAAACAAAAAACCUUGGUGGGGUCAGAAAGAAAGUCAAGACAUUUUGGAUACCACCCAGCCCCCCCAUCCUUUUCCAUGCCACAUGCAAGUUUUGAAUAAAAAAAAAAAAAAUGGUGUAGCGAACAUGUCUUGCCAUGUAUGUAUGUAUUACCUAGAAAAAUACUUGUUGCCCUUGUAGGGCUAGAAUCACAUGACUUAAAACUGUUAUGGAGCAAAGGUGAAGGACAUUUGAAGGCGUGGCAGGGUAAGGGUGAACAGGAGAAGAACGAGGGAGGUCGAAAGGAGAGAGACACACCUCUUUUCUGGUUUCUCCAGGUGCUGUACAAAAGAAAUGACUACAAUGGUGCUUGUUCAAACAACAAAAUAAAGAGGUGCUAAGAAAGAAGGUGCAUUUUGAUGAUAAAAAAAACUGUAAUUAUUAUUUUGUACAAUCUGUUUUUUCUGAAUCCACUUUCAAAACUUGCAUGUGUAUCAGAAUCGCAUCUGGCUCUUAUUUUCAAUGUUCGUAAACAAAAUAUAUAUAUAAGUUAAAGAAAUGAAUAAAAACAGACAGAGAGAAAGAAAUAAUUAUGAUAUUUUGUUGAUGAAUAAAUACUGUGUACCUGUUAUGAAGCAAAUAAAAUUAGUAUUCAAACGAUUCCCUAUUUCUAAUGAUAAUGUAUCCCUUUUGUAUAUAUUGACCAUCCAAAGCUCUAGGUUAUUUGCAGUUUUGCCCUUCAAGACCAUAGGUAAAACAACUGGAAACAUCUCACCAGCACACAUACAGCAACAUAUCCCACUAAUGUUGUGAUCCUGUGCUUGUAUUAAGCAAUCAUGGAAUUCAUUCUUUUUAUUUAAGUAAAUUUGAUGUUUUGAUUUGUUUAAAAAAAAAAAUCUGUCCCUUUUUCUUUUUGGUCGUAUACCUCAAACUUUCUUGAUAACCAUAAGAUCCAUGGAUGUUAUGCCCUGUAUAUAUCUUGGUUAAACAAUUAAGUUUAUAUAUUUUGGGUGGGGAAUUUUUUUAAAGAAAGAAAUACUUAUCGGUUAGACAUCUUCUGUUCAGAUCCUUCUGUGAAUACAAUGAUAAGUCCUUUAGGUGACCCAUUUUUGUAACUAAAAUGAGAAAAUGUUUUAAUGUGCUUUUAAUGGUUCAUUUAAAAUAUUAAAACUGGAUUCUAAACAACAGUGAA